GUAGGCUCUUAUAUCCCUAGGUACUAAGCCAACACUCAAAUUCAGGAGUUAUAUGAAAAUCACCCGGUGACAAUGUACUCAUGCCUGGACUUCUUCUAGAGUUACCUGGAGUGAUCUUGCUUUCUAACAAUGUCACAUGAAUACCAGGUAACAGGUACUAGAGCACUAAUCCCGUCAAAUUUCGCCGAUAGGUGCGAUCAAUCGCGAGAAGAGUCACACACAUACCUACAAGUGCUCGCGGUUCGCAGCACAUGAACAUCUCGUGUACCCUAGUAUCCCCAUCGUAUCACGUAACAGCCAACCAACCUCAUCUAUCCCAAGGCAGCCAUAUCCCCUACUCUUUUUCUACAAAAUCUAGUCUUUAUAUAUAUCAAAUCCUCGCACACGCAUACCUUGUCUUAAGCCUUCCAAUCCAAGUGACAUGACAUCUAAGUUAGAAAGGGUUAGAAACUAGAAGAGUGAGGGAAAAGAAAAGAGAAAAGCGACCUACACUGCACGAACCAGACAACCACACCCAUCCUCACUUCCAUCUCAGCAAAUCCACAAUGCCCCCCAAUCACCCAUCCUCAUCCUCCCCUUCUAAACCCCCCUCCAAGCCCAAUUCCACACCCUCCCCUCCAUCAAUACUAUCACAACCCCUCCCCCUAAAAUAUUGGCUUCUAACCCUCGGCACGGGUCCACCGCCCACAUACACGGGAUACCUCCAAAUGGCAUCCGAGCGCAAAGCCGUCUACCGCGAGCAAAGAUCCCAUUCCGCAUCUCAAAAAGCGAUUCGCGCGGACCUCAACGCACAACUCCAGGCCUUAGACAACAAUUCCUUACGGAGAAAGAAGCCUAAUCGGCGAGAUCUAAUGCUCUUAUACGGACCUAACAGUAAGAAAGUGGAGGGAGUUGUUGUUGAGAAGUCAUCUACACAGAGCCGGAGCGAUGAUAAUGUUGAACGUAAGAAAGGAGAUGGAGAUGAAGGAGAACGAGGAGGAGUAGGGGGAGAGGCUGUGAGUUCUGUUCACUAUGAGUACAGGGGUAGUAGGGAUGGCAAUGGUGGUGGUGGUGAUGAUGUCAACAACGACAACAACACUGAUGAUGAUAGUACCAACGGUACCAACAGCAAUAGCAGCAGUGAUUACAACAACUAUGACAUAUUAAAUAGCGAGGAGGGUAGUGCAUUACUGAGAUGAUAGCAGCAAGGGACAGCAUGAGACAAACUUGAGCAGCAGAGAGACAGAGGGACGCGUUAUUUACAAAGGAAACAUCAUGUCGAAGCACACAUAAAGACCAAGAAUCUAGAAAGGUAAAAAGUGAUUAAGAAUAGAAAAAUUCAGGCUCGAUUCACCGUCUUCACCUUUUAUUUCCCUUCCACCCAUCGGCGCGUCUUAGACCAGGCAAGUUUCAGAAACAACAACAUGAUAUGUACAAUACACCUUCUCCGGCUCACACUCUAUUGACUUGGCCUCUCCCACCAUAUCCCGGAAUAAAAAGUCAGCGCAGCAAACGUAUACGUGGCCACGACGUUUUUGCCUGCUGAACAAGCAGCCUGAGCCACCAAGACACGAUUCUUUCCCAUUCAGUAGACGACACUACAGUGACGUAAUAGAUCGAUGAAGUCCGUGUGAAUCAUGAUAAGAGCCGCUUCCCUAAUGCAUACUCCGAACACCGCCACCGAUGACGCCAUAUGCCCAAUACAGCCAAGCCCAGACAAAAACAGAUG